AUGGAGAAUACUGAACCUACUUCCCUCUUUACCUUCGAGUCUCAUGACACUGCAUUAUGCGCCAUCCCACCGCGAGAACUAUGGUCAUCAGUAGACCGUCUGAGAUGCCUUUACGACAAGGCUUAUACUGCCUGGCCUCCUCAUGUAAACAUCAUAUAUCCAUUUGUGCGACCUGAAGUUUUGGAGCAUGCAUCUCAGGUCCUUCGAGGGAAUGCGAUAGAACAUCAGCCUCAAGUGGCCCUCGACAACGCCGACUUCUUCAAACACAAGCAUCACAACACUAUAUACUUGGGCCAAAGCUCAAAAGACAAUGUCAAUCAGCUUGUAAAGCUCAAGAAUUACAUUUCAAAUGUCCUCGGCCAGCCUCAUGAUUCAACGGACGAAAACUUCACCCCUCAUAUGACAAUUGGUCAGAGCGAAGAUUCUGAAGCUGCGCCGCAUUGUUUUCUUCUGGAAAAGGCUCGCCGUUUGGCACCUAUAUCAUGGCAAGUGAGAGAGGUUGCUAUUCUUGUUCGUGAAACUCUCACACAGAGCGGCAGCCCUCGGCCUAUGAAGCUCUGGGGGACACUGAACCUCGAAUCAGGCACGCUCACUCAGACAACACAAACCCAAGAUUUCACUGAUCGCCUGGAAGAGACAUCACGAAUUGCCUUCCAACCAUCCCACUGCUUUUCAGAGUCCCCAAAACUUCUGGAAAAGGAUGCCUCCCCUGCCUAUGCUACUGAAAUUGUGCUGGAUCGAUUAGUUGUUGCUUCUUACAAUGUUUUGGCCGAGUUUGAAUGGCCCCCUCAGUCACAUCGACAUACGCCUUUGGUGCAAAACCUACUCUCCGCUCAAGCUGCCGCCGACGUAGUUGUUCUUCAAGAGGUUACAGACCACUUUCUCCCUGAUCUUCUUGGUAGCGAAGAACUGCGGGGUCGCUAUCCCUACGUCUCUCAUGGGCCCCCUGACAUCAAAGGUACUGAGCCACUCCCCAGUCUUUUAAACAUCAUUGUCCUGAGUAAGUUUCCGUUCGAGUGGCAUCAUCUACCAUUCCAAAAAAAACACAAAGGAUGUACUGUCGUCCGCUUCUCUACUAUCGGCACAAGUGAUGCUCCAGACGGGAAGUUCAACCCUUGGAUUCUUGUGGCAUGUCACCUCAGUCAAGGCCUCACUGAUGGAGCUAUUGCUACUAAGAAGAACGAGAUUCAAAAGAUGCUCGAUUAUCUAUCGGGAACAUUCCCACAGAACCCAUGGAUCCUGGCAGGCGACUUCAAUAUUGUGACUUCUUCUCAUACUGUCGAAGCUGCUCGAAAAAAGCAGGAUAUAUCACUGCAGACAGUCCAUCGGCUGCAAGAUAUUGACCGGGCAUUACUGGACGCUGGCUUUCUCGACACCUGGCUGGCCACCCGACUCGAGUCAGGCGAGUCUUCAGACAUGAACAACGAAAGAAGAAGUGUGCUUGAUUCUUUCCAGGGAGAGCAAGGAGCUACCUUUGACCCGUUGACCAACACCCUGACCGCUGAACUUGUCGGAAGUGGACUCAACAACCGGCCACAGAGGUACGACAAGAUACUCAUCAGGACAGGACACUACCACCCGCAUGGUUUUAACAUGUUUGGACAAACACCGUUUCAGUCAACUCAAGGAGGCCACUCCACAUACGCUAGUGAUCACUGGGGCAUAAGAUGCCUUCUGUUGAAAUCAUCGACGAGGGAGAUGUCCAAGGCAGCUGUUCCGGAAAUGAAUAUCAAACUACAGCGUCCCGUGCCAAGCUUGGUUGAAGGUGAGGGCUUGGAGCACUUCUUGGAAAACUAUGGUUGUCUGCCAACAGAGCAAGAGAGAGCGAAUCGGGCCCAAGCGGUUAGAGCUCUAGAGGUUGCUCUGAAGGAUGUCGACUUGUCAGCAUCAGAGGACGAUGCACGAUCUGGGCCUCCUUUUGUCGUGGUUCCAGUUGGUUCAUACGGCUUGGGCGUCUGGACCAGCUCGUCUGACAUUGACUGUCUUUGUAUCGGCCCAUUUAGCUCCAAGACAUUCUUUGCUUUGGCAGUCCAGAGAUUGAAGCGAGCGGCGGAUAUCAGGAUCAUACGACGGGUCAAAGCCAACUCUGGUUACAUGCUCGAACUAGAAGUACAUGGCAUCAAGGUAGAUCUCCAGUACUGUGCAGCGGCGUCAAUCGCUGAAAGGUGGCCUGAAGUUAUGAAGCGCCCAGCUAAUGACUCGGCAUUUGCUUUGCCUUUCCAGACCCUUGCGAAGCUCAAGCCUGUUCGCGAUCUCUUUUACCUGCGUCGAUCGCUUCCAGACAUGGUCCAAUACCGGAUGGCACAUUUGUUCAUCAAGUCCUGGGCCCAGGCACGAGGUAUCUAUUCGGCAAAAUUCGGGUUCCUUGGUGGCAUCCAUAUCAGUGUCCUUCUUGUUCCUAUCUGCAAAGCAUUGGCUUCCGGGAGUGAAAUAGUAUCUCCAACAGAUAUUGUGGUUACAUUCUUCAGACAUUACUCCAAUUUUGACUGGAAAACCUCGAUGGUGUUCGAUCCGUUCUUUCACAAAGACUUGAGGUACAACCGUACAUUCAGAGAGCCUCUCUGUCUGAUCGGCUGGCAUGCCCCAGCGCUCAACACCGCUCCGAUAGCAUCCAACCCAACUGUGAUGGCUAUUGCAGCUGAGAUAGAGCGUGCCAAUAGAUUGCUUUCUGAGGAUGGAUGUACAUGGAAUAGUGUACUAGGUCUUCAGUCCGCCCAGGAAGCAGGAAAAAGCAGAGGAGCUACGGAAUUCUUGAAAGAGUUCAAAACUUACGUCAAGAUCGAUGCGCAUUAUUGGGGACCGUCACAGGAAAAAAGUGGCCGGUUCAUUGGCUGGCUCGAAUCUCGUUGUGUCAUGUUGUUAGUUGAUGUAAACAGAAAGCUUCAGCACUUGGUCGCGCGAAUCUGGCCGUCUCGGUUCAUAGAUGUAUUUUCUGGAGGAGCGGGGGGCCCAGGUGAGGAGUACCAUGGUUGCUACCUUAUCGGGCUUGCCUGGGACGGCAACAUGAGCAAAGACGAUGUCAAGGAGAUGCGCACGAGCAUUCAAACUGUCCUACAAGAUUUUGAGACAAGGAUCCGCCGCGACGAGAAGUAUUACGAUGCUCAAUCCUGUUGGAUGAGUGCAACACUUGCUCGUGGCUCUGAUCUUGGUGACAUGGAAGUUGAUCAAAGUUUAUGGGGAGAAUUUGCUGGAGACACAGACGACGAGGAUUCAGAUGAAGAGCUUGAAGAGGAAGAAGAACUUGACAAUGACGAGGAAGAAUCGAAAGGCAAGGGCAGCACCCACGGGUCUCGAGCUGCAGUGGUGGGCAAGGCGCCCGGUCUGGGCAAGUUUCGCACGGCUGCCGAUGUACUCAACCGGCUACGAUGGGACACCAAUUUUGACCCAAGCGACUACAUUGUUGGGUAUGAGGACCGUUUCCUAGGCGCCCGCGAAAGAGCAGUGGAGCACUGGAAGAGCGAGCAGACCGAUGAGGAGUUUAUCCCACAACACCGCAUACUGUACUUCAAGCGCAGGGCUGACAAUGUCAUUGUAUGGGAGCGCCGGACGCGGACUGACGAUAUCUUUGGUAGCGGCAUCAAGAAGCAGACAACCGAUGUCUGA